AUGGUGUGCAUUACCAGAGCUGGGUAUUCCAGCUAUCAAACCCCUUCCUUCCCUGCACUGCGCUCACGUCUCUCUGCAUCUCCCCUUCUCUCUCUCUUCGCCUCUCCACCACUCUCCACCACUCUCCACCACCCUCCACUGCUAUCCACUGCUCUCCACCGCUUGCGUUGCCCACAGGAGUUUGGGCAGCUUCGUCUCGCCUUCCGAGUGGCCGAUUUCAGGAAGCAUCAAAUCAUAUCUGCGCAUGUGCGCAUGCUAGCGGCACUGAACAACAACAUCCUAGCCCACGAGGAUGAGGCAGUGUUCAAGUUCUCCCAGCUGCCUGUGGCGGGCGGCAGUCAAAUCUACCUUGGGCUUCCCUGCACUGUCACGCACGCAGUCACACAUGGGAGCCCGCUAUAUGGCCUGUCCCACUCGAUGAUGGAAAGAUCAGACCUCGAGAUCUUAGUGCUGCUGGAGGCGGUUGACUGCUCCACCUCGGCCACCCUGCAAG